UCUAACUAUACAUGCGGAGGCCGUGCUGGUGCUGGGUGACUAGAACCAGAGACUGCAAGGGAAGGCUGGAGCAAGAUUUUCUUUUACUUUUGUAAAGGGAAAAUGGCAUCAGUUCAUAACGAUCAGAAAAAUCGUCGAAAUAUCGUCAGAAAUAACGAUCGUAAAGCACACCGUUUGGCAGAUAGAAAGAAGCAGAAGUGGGUGUCAGAACACAAAUUACAGCAUGGAAGUUUGAACGAGGGUUUGGGGUUUGCUUUCAAAAGGAGGGAAAAAGUUAAACAUGAAUACAAUAAACUUUGUCGAAAGCAACGUAAAAACAAGGGAGAGGAAACAUUUUUAACAGAUAAGUAUCCAGAACAUCUUGAACACCUUUAUUUGGCUGAGGAGCAAAGACAAAGAAAUGAAGAACUUAAGAAAAGACAUGGUCGGACUGAAAGGAAAACCGCUUCAAUGGGAAAGGAGGAAGAGGAGGAGGACCGACACAAAUUCUGCCCUGACAAUGUCAGUAUCAUCACAGCAGCUGACCAGGCAGUUUGUUCUGACCAGACCAACAAUGUCAGUACACAGUUUCCUCCAGCAUCAACUCCACAGUCAGACAGGAUGAAGAAAAGAUGGAAGAUGACCUCUUACAGCCAGACCAAGGAGGACUAUGAGAAACAGAGAGAGGAGCGUGAGCGAAAAAACGAGGAAUAUCAAAAAUAUACAGCAGCGAAAGAGGAGGCCCUUCGAAAGUAUAAAGAGAAGAAAAAGGCAACAUAUCAACUGCUGAAGAAAAAAACCAAGAAAGGCCAACCCAACUUGAAUGCACAGAUGGAACUGCUGCUUCAGAAGAUCCAAGACACAAAAAAAUGACAAGGAGAGUAUAAUCCUUGUUUUGGACAAAAUGACAGACACUUGGAAAUUAAAGACCAUAAGCAACUGUACAUACUGGACCAAGUCAAAGUUUUCAGAUUGUGUCUAUCUUAAACUGUAUUUAGAGUGGUUAUAUUUAAUUGAUUUGUGGUAUACAAUUAACAAUGAUUGUACUGUCCUAAUUAUAUUCAUAAUCUUCACUGCAGUUUAUUAUGACUGCCUAUUAAGUUUUUGUAAAAUUGAGGAUUUGUGGAAGAUGUCCACAUAAUGAAUAAAGCUUUUCGUAGAUCAGAAA